GAUCAUCCAGCGUCACACACUCUCCGACCUCGUUAGACGUGGUGUGUAACCAUGGUGAUCAGAGUUGUCUUGUCGCCUGCGUGAACGCACGUCAUCGCAUCUCCAGCGUCAUUCUUGCCCCAGAGGGCUGAGCUAAAUAAACAGGUCAGCAGCAUGGAGGAUGACUUCUCUGACUCUGGAGAGGGGAAAACUGCAAUAGAAGGCAGCAGAUCAACUGGUGGGAACUCUUGCUUUUUUUUUGUAUUUUACUGUAUCGACCUUUCCAAGAUGUCCCAGGUUCUAAAGCAGGGAUGUGAAAGUGGUUUUCAUUGAGGGCCACAUGGCAGUUAUGGCUACCAUCAAUAAUGUAGGAAUUUAAUAUCAUUAAUUAUAUUAAUUAUUUUAAGUGGACUGUCCAUUCCACAGUAAAAACUUUACAUUUACAACAUUUUACUGUAAAAUAGUGUUGUUGUUUUUUUUGUUGUUUUUUUUACAUUUUACGGCAAACGGAAAAACAGUAGCACGUUUUUUUUAAUGGAAAAAGCUGUCAGAUUAAUUGCCAUAAUGUUUGUGUUAAAUCGACAUUAGUUUUUACAACAUGGUAUCGUUCAUGAAAAAACUGACCAAAUUUUUUCUUUUUAUUCUGGCAACUCAGCUGCCAGUUUUUCUACCGUAAUAACAAAUAUUUCCAUUUACGUUAAUACAUAAUUAAAAACAAGAAACGAUAGAUUUUACGCUUUUACACAGAAUUUUUACGCAAAAAACAGUAGUAGUUUUUUUUUCCAAUUUAUAGUAAUAUGCUGUAAAGAACAAUGUAAGAAUAAUUUUGCCACACCACACUGUGUGUGUGAGACAAUCAUUUGUACUUUAACAUUUACUGUCAUUUGUAUUCAUUUGCUGGUUAGCUUGCUGUAAAGUUAAGUAUUUUUAUUUCGACAAAAACAUGUUUGGAAAGAUUGAUGGAGAUAAAUAUCUUUUUAGCAGGGACGGCGUGGCGCAGUGGGAGAGUGGCCGUGCGCAACCCGAGGGUCACUGGUUCAAAUCCCACCUAGAACCAACUUCGUCACGUCCGUUGUGUCCUGAGCAAGACACUUCACCCUUGCUCCUUAUGGGUGCUGGUUGGCGCCUUGCAUGGCAGCUCCCUCCAUCAGUGUGUGAAUGUGUGUGUGAAUGGGUAAAUGUGGAAGUAGUGUCAAAGCGCUUUGAGUACCUUGAAGGUAGAAAAGCGCUAUACAAGUACAACCCAUUUAUUUAUUUCUUUAAAUCCUAGUCAUAUUUUACAAUAGCUAAGUAUGGGCCAUGCAUAGGCCUUGAUAGUUGGAAUGUAGCGAGAAGUCAUAACACUCUUUUAUCUCAAAUGUCUCAGGCUAGGAGGAGGGGGAGAGGGAGAGAAGAGGCAAAACUUCCGUAGUAGAAUUAGAUAAAUUUGGGCAAUGCGAUUGAAAGGUUGUUGUAUCUAGAUUGGUCUCCCAAAGCUUUGGUAAUAAACUAUCAAAAUAAGCAACUCUGCCUGGGAUUUAUUUAUAACCAGCUUAUGUGUCAUCGAACCAACUUGGGAGGUGACCGGCGGAAGACCGAGUCCAACACAACAGUAUACACUGAUAUUUGUUGCAAUAUUGGAUACAAUUAAAGUUUAAAAGGUAUGCAAAUUCUAGCAGCACAUAAUUUUUUUUUAAUGUAAAAUUGAAAAUAAUUAUAUUUAGUGAGAAAAUAUGAGACUUCAUUGACACAUAUAAUUUCCAGGUGUUUGCGGGCCAGAUAAAAUGAUGUGGUGGGCCACAUCUGGCCCCCGGGCCUUGACUUUGACACCUGUGGUUUAUAGCUGUCACUUGUGACAUUUUUAUACCCACCAUGGCAACCAUGAGGCCACUGAUGACCUUGUGAGCAGGAAGGCAAGCUGAUUAUGAAGCGUUUUUGUUCAUGCGUGUAGUAGGAUUGUGUGUAUAUAUAUAUAUAUGUAUAUAUAUAUAUAUAUAUAUAUAAUCAUCACAAUCACCGUCAUUAAGACUAAGCUUUGUUCCUAGGAUACCACUUUUCAUGUGUUUUUUCCCCUCCUGCAGAAUGCUUCAUCCGUCGUCGUCCGCCACGCUUUUUUUUUUUUAAAUUGCUGGUCUGAGCUGUAAUUGGAGAGCUGGGCUUUUCAUCCGGGCCGACUGGACGGUGGUGUUGCCAGGCACCUGGAGACCAGUUAAGACGCGCACUGAGUCACAGCAAUAUGCAUGUGUCCAUCUCCUAUGGUGAUUUCAUCUCUUUUGUACACAACUUGUGACAUUUUCAAUAUCGUUCCAGGUACAUGCUGGUUGGUUAUAUGUUACACAGCGGAAGAAUAGCACAUAAUAUGCGUUAAAAUUUCGGCAUCGGGUUUAUUUUUUGACUCUUUGAGGGUAGAAAAUAUUACUUUUUGUCUGGGGUGGAAUGUUGCCCUGUAGAAAGACAUCGUCCUCUUGACUAGUAGUGCAUCUCAUCUUCAGUGUUGUGGAGCAGCAUCUUUCCUUGUGAAUUGAUCCGUCACCAUGGUGAAGAGUAUUUCUGGUGUGGUCUCACAAGUAAAGGUGUGAGUCAUGAGCAAAAAGAAUGAGUUACUAAGAUAUUGUCAUGCGUGAAGGCAGUUUACAUGUGCUGUUGAGGGGAGUGUUUUGUAAAGUGUGCUACCUAUUUUCUAUAGAAGUGCUUCUCAAACUUUUUUAACCACCUCAGAAAACACACCGUAGUUAGCAACAUUAAAAUAUAGUUGCGUAGUAGGCGUAAAUAGUCAUGAAAAACAAGUUUGUUUGUUUUUGCAUAUUUUUUGCCACCAAAAUUACACGGUUUGAACGGUAACACUGUUUGAAUAUCUAAGUCAGGGCUGUCAAAACUUGUUUUCAUUAGGAGCCACAUUGCAGUUAUGGCUGCCCUCAGAGGGCCACUUGUAACUGAAUAAUAUAUAAAUUUUAAAUUGCUUCAUUGUACAAUUAUUACUUGUUAUAUAUUUUUAAGUACAAAAAUAUGUAGAUUUUAGAGUAAAGUUUAGCUGCCGAAAUGUUACCAUAAAAUGUACCAUGUUUUUACAAUGUAUACUGUAAAUGUAAAUGGGAAAACCAUACCACUGUUUUCCUGUAAACCUACACUCAUUGAUUUUACGAUAUAUUACUGUAAAUGGAAAAACAAUAGUACACGUUCUUGUUUCGGGUUUUUCCCUGGCAACUGAGCUACCAGUUUUUACUGAAAAAUCAUGUUUACAUUGUACAAUUUGAUGGAUAAGCUGCUUCAAAAUCAUGAGUCAAGCCGAUAUUUAAGUACUUAUUUUGAUGUGUGAUAAUAUAUUUGUUGCACUAUUAGAUUACGUUUAAAAUUUAUGACAUUGCAUACAGUACAUGUAUUUUUAUUUCUUCACAAUAGGAAGUUGACUACAUUCAGAAACAAAUAGACGCAUCAAACCAGGUGGCGGUCCGGUUAUGAGUUUUGACACAUGUGAUAUAAGUGAUUACUUGACGUACCACAGUUAGAAAAUCACAAUUCUAUAGCUACCUCGGUUUUCCUACGGCUCACUUUUUCUUGGAUUCGGUUUUGGAAGAAAUGCUUGGCUAAAAGUUUCAGUAUACCGUCUUAGAGCGCCUCAAAAACAAGCGUAACAUUCUUCAGAAUGAAGUACCUAAAGAAAAAAGUCCAUUGAUGACUUAGUCUAGUGGUGUUGUCAAGUCCACCUGUCUUCAUUACACGAGGCGCCUGUCUCGGCUGCUUACACCAGGUUUUGUUAGUCUUCUCCGGUACUUCCCAUCCUGUGCUUUUAUUUUGGUGGCUCUUCCGGUUUUGUUGGCGUUUUCCCCUGUCCCAGAACAUUUCCCCUCACCUGUUUACUGUUGGCAAUUAAGACUAUUUAAGGUGAUCCUCGUCCCACCUUAGUUGUCGGGACAUUCAUUCAAUCAAUCAAUCAAUGUUUAUUUAUAUAGCCCUAAAUCACAAAUGUCUCAAAGGACUGUACAAACCCUUACGACUACGACAUCCUCGGAAGAACCCACAAAAGGGCAAGGAAAACUCACACCCAGUGGGACACCAGUGACAAUGCUGACUAUGAGAAACUUUGGAGAGGACCUCAGAAGUGGGCACCCCCUCCCCCUCUAGGGGACCGAAAGCAAUGGAUGUCGAGCGGGUCUAACAUGAGACUGUGAAAGUUCAAUCCAUAGUGGCUCCAACACAGCCGCGAGAGUUCAGUUCAAAGCGGAUCCAAGACAGCAGCGAGAGUCCCGUCCACAGGAAACCAUCUCAAGCAGAGGCGGAUCAGCAGCGUAGAGAUGUCCCCAAUCGAUACACAGGCGAGCGGUCCAUCCUGGGUCUCGACUCUGGACAGCCAGUACUUCAUCCAUGGUCAUCGGACCGGACCCCCUCCACAAGGGAGGGGGGGACACAGGAGAAAAAAGAAGCGGCAGAUCAACUGGUCUAAAAAAGAGGUCUAUUUAAAGGCUAGAGUAUACAGAUGAGUUUUAAGGUGAGACUUAAAUGCUUCUACUGAGGUGGCAUCUCGAACUUUUACCGGGACGGCAUUCCAGAGUACUGGAGCCCGAACGGAGAACGCUCUAUAGCCCGCAGACUUUUUUUGGGCUUUAGGAAUCACUAAUAAACCGGAGUCUUUUGAACGCAGAUUUCUUGCCGGGACAUAUGGUACAAUACAAUCAGCAAGAUAGGAUGGAGCUAGACCGUGUAGUAUUUUAUACGUAAGUAGUAAAACCUUAAAGUCACAUCUUAAGUGCACAGGAAGCCAGUGCAGGUGAGCCAGUACAGGCGUAAUGUGAUCAAACUUUCUCGUUCUUGUCAAAAGUCUAGCAGCUGCAUUUUGUACCAACUGUAAUCUUUUAAUGCUAGACACGGGGAGACACGAAAAUAAUACGUUACAGUAAUCGAGGCGAGACGUAACAAACGCAUGGAUAAUGAUCUCGGCGUCUUUAGUGGACAAAAUGGAGCGAAUUUUAGCGAUAUUACGGAGAUGAAACAAGGCCGUUUUAGUAACAUUGAUAAUGUCAUCUGUUCAGUGGUGACUACUGACCAUCCUUUUCAUCUUACACUCCACAUUUCCUUUGAGUGUUUUGUGUCUUUUAUAGUCGAGACGCUUGUUUAUGCUUCUUUAAUUGAUAAGUACCCCUUUUUACUUCACGCUGCACCUUUGUUCGUCUGCAUCCCGAAAGUCACAACAACCUCCCGCGUCUUCCACAAAGCACCCGGAUGUCAUUUCCCCCCCAGCUUGGUGGGUCAUCUAUGAUGUCAUGACUGUGUGGUUGUUCGCAAACAAACAAACUCUUAAAGAAAGUUGCAGGUGCCAAUACUUUGAAAUAGAAAGGGAGAUCCGCUCAUGAAGAGUCUUUAUCAGAGUCAAGAGAGGUUAGUGCGUCUGCCUCACAAUACAAAGGUCCUGAGUAGUCCUGCAACAUGCAGAUACAUCCUCCAACAGUCCAACAUGCAGAUAGAUCCUGCAACAGUCCAACAUGCAGAUAGUUCCUGUAACCUGCAGAUGGAUCCUGCAACAUGCAGAUAAUUCCUGCAACAGUCCAACAUGCAGAUACAUCCUCCAACAGUCCAACAUGCAGAUAGAUCCUGCAACAGUCCAACAUGCAGAUAGUUCCUGUAACCUGCAGAUGGAUCCUGCAACAUGCAGAUAAUUCCUGCAACAGUCCAACAUGCAGAUAGUUCCUGUAACCUGCAGAUGGAUCCUGCAACAUGCAGAUAAUUCCUGCAACAGUCCAACAUGCAGAUAGUUCCUGUAGUUCAAGCAACAGGCAGAUGGAUCCUGCAACAUGCAGAUAAUUCCUGCAACAGUUCAACAUGCAGAUAGUUCCUGUAACAUGCAGAUAGUUCCCGCAACAGGCAGAUAGUUCCUGUAACAUGCAGAUGGAUCCUGUAACAUGCCGAUGGAUCCUGCAACAUGUAGAUAGUUCCUGCAACAGGCAGAUAGUUCAAGCAACAGGCAGAUGGAUCCUGCAACAGGCAGGUGGAUCCUGCAACAGUCCAACAUGCAGAUAGUUCCUGUAACAUGCAGAUAGAUCCUGCAACAUGCAGAUAAUUCCUGCAACAGUCCAACAUGCAGAUAGUUCCUGUAACCUGCAGAUGGAUCCUGCAACAUGCAGAUAAUUCCUGCAACAGUCCAACAUGCAGAUAGUUCCUGUAGUUCAAGCAACAGGCAGAUGGAUCCUGCAACAUGCAGAUAAUUCCUGCAACAGUCCAACAUGCACAUAGUUCCUGCAACAGGCAGAUAGUUCAAGCAACAGGCAGAUGGAUCCUGCAACAUGCAGAUAGUUCCUGUAACAUGCCGAUGGAUCCUGCAACAUGUAGAUAGUUCCUGCAACAGGCAGAUAGUUCAAGCAACAGGCAGAUGGAUCCUGCAACAGUCCAACAUGCAGAUAGUUCCUGUAACAUGCAGAUAGUUCCUGCAACAGGCAGAUAGUUCCUCAGGUUGGGCGUGUUUGGACUUAGUGAAGUUGGAUAGUUUGAAGCAGGCUGCAGAGAAAGGGAGGCAGGAAGAGAGAGAGGGAGGAAGAGAGAGAGAGAGAGAGGACGCACAUGGCAGGUCGCAGCUGGUCAGCGUUGAUCGUCGUCCGUCAGUCCGUCACCGCCUCCUCCGGCCAUGGACGCCGUACAGACGCAAGACGCGGGCGCCAUGGUUGAGGACGAGUACCGCGCCCUGGCCGUCGACUCGGCCCUCAGCACCCUGCUGGCGGUGGCCGUGUGCGUGCUGCUCAAAGUGGGCUUGGAGGGCAUCCGCCGCUGGCGCGCCCGCAUCUCCGUGCUGGUGGUGGGCGCGGGACCCGUGGGUCUGACCGCCGCGCUGGUCGCUGUCCGCUCGGGCAAGGUGCUGAAGCUGACCGUGCUGGACGAGCGCUACCGGAGCGCGCUGCUGUGCCGCCCGCAGCAGAUCGCCUUGGACCCGCGCAGCGUCAACUUCCUGCUGGGACUCGGCGUGGACUUUGACAACAUGGAGGGCUGCUGGCACGACCGGCACUUCUUCACCCGGAUCGGCGUCUUCCAGGAGUACCUGCUCAGCGUGCUGGAGCACAAGAAGCAGUACGUGGACGUCAAGGUGCAGCUCGGCACCAAGUUGACCGAGGAGUACCUGCGCCGGGUCCCUCAGGGCGAGUGGCCCCGUGUGAUGGUGGUGGCCGACGGCUCGUGCGGCGACUCCUGCUCCGUGCUGGGUCUCAGCUCCGACUACAUGGUGGAGUCCUGCCACGCCUACGGAGCCAACGCCAGCAUCGAGAGGCUGGACCAGAGACAGGUGCCCACGCCGGAGAUCCGUGCCCACAGUCUCUACUUCGACCUGUCAGCCUACGGGGUGGAAGCCCUGAGGGAGCAGCGUAACCCCAGCAGCAAAGCAGGCUUCCACCUGAAGAUCUACGGCACUUUCCGGAACCGCUACAUGGCCCUGGUGUGCCCCGCCUCCGACGCCAAGAUGGUGCGCUUCCUCAGGAACACGGCCAACUCCUCCGUCAUGAAGAACAUCUUCCAUCAGUCCUUCAACGCCUACAAGACGGACAUUGAGGCGCGACUGAGCGAGGUGACAGUGAAGCACAUGCAGUGCAGCCGCCGCCUCUUCCAGGUGCAACUGUCACACAGACGUGUCAGCGCCGCCUUCAUCCAGGGGGACAACGUCGCCGUCACCGUGGAAGGCGAGGCGGCCCGCGUCCUCAACUUUGACACAGGUUGCGGCGUCAAUCUCGGCCUGCGAGGUCUGGAGUCCAUGGCGAGGUUCAUCUACCGCGCGGCCACCGCCGCCGACCAGAGCGACAUAAUGGAGGCGCUCUCGGAGAAGAUGCAGCACUCCAGGAAAGUGGCGGAGGCCUUCAAGCAGUCUGGCCUGAGUGAGUCCUUGUAUGCCUGACAGUCACACAGGUGGGCACGGUGCCACCUGGGGCAAGGAAAAGGUAAUGACGUGAAAUCACUAAGAAGUGACAUUUAUGAUGAACACAUGAGGAAAUAUCUACUCAAGAGGUCCAAAUAUGUACAUUUUUCACAUUUCAAGCCUUAAAAUGUAGUUAUUGUUUUCUGGUGUAUUAGUUUGAGUAGCCUUUUCUCUGCUUUUCUUUUGUGUAUAAAAAUAAAGUUGCAAAGAUUAAAACAAAAACAAAAAAAACCUGAGCAAGGAUUAUAUUCUUUAACAAAAAUACAGUCAAAAGUAGCCAAUAUUGAUGGAACAAAAUCAUUAUAGUUGAUAUUGGUUUUAUUCAUUUUAUUUCU